AUGAUUAAACUCGGUAUGUACGGCUCGUAUUUCGGUAAGGACGAUCCAAAAACACUUCCUUAUGUUGAAGAUGUGAUCGAUUUUGCCUACGAGUUGAAACUAGACGUCGUCGAUUUCCGCGCAGACGUGGGCUUUCGCUCGCAGGACCCCGAUUAUCUGCGCGCCAUCAAGAUCAAGUGCCUCAAAGCCGGACUCCCCAUCGGCUACCUAGCGACCGGCGGGCAUUUUGUGGGCACGGAAGAUGAAUUACAGCAGAAAAUGGUUCGGUGCAAAACAGACUUAGACACGGCGGUUUUCCUAGGCACACCGAUGGUCAGAUCAUUCUGUGGCCCCACGCCGGAGACCGACGAAGGGAAAGCGCGCGAAGUCGCGUGUUUCCAAGAACUUUGUGAUGCCGCCGCUGAAAAGGGCAUCAUCGUCGGGGUACAGAACCAUCCGUGUACCGGUGAGGGCGUCCUGAGUCUCCUGCGUGAGACAGACCGUGAAAACUUCACCUUUAUUCUGGAUACCGGUCAGUGGGUGGGAUCUCCUUCGCGGACCCAAGGCGUCCCCGAUCCGGACAUCGAUACCUACGAAUUUAUGGAACAGACCGCUCCCUACGCCGGGUAUGUCCGCGCUAAAGUUUAUAAAGUGGACAGCGGGCGUGAGGAGUGGCUAGAUUAUGAGCGCAUCGUUGAAAUUCUGAAAGCAGCGAAUUUUAACGGCUGCAUGUCCAUCACAUUUGAAGGCAAGGACGCCAACGAAUGCGAUGAUAAGGAAACCUUCAGGCGAGCGGCUAAGUAUCUGCGCGAACUGCUUGCCGCAUAG